UAACCAUCCGUGUCUUACAAGUACCUAUCUGCAUUGACCCCAAACAGCUCCACUAUAAGGUCAAAGUAUUGCUAACAAUGGAUCUCGAUGAUGCGCCUCCCGAUCUGGUCCCCGUAGACCCCGAAACGGCCCCGGCCCCGACCCUCGUCGACCGGAUCGUACCUAUAACACUUCUAACAGGAUAUCUGGGAAGUGGGAAGACCACCCUGUUGCAAUACAUCUUGACGGCGGAACAUGGGUACCGGAUCGCCGUGUGCAUGAAUGAUUUUGGAGAUAGCACGGAUAUUGAAUCCACCUCAAUGUCUUUCACCCCCAACGACCCCUCUUCAACAACCUCCUCUUCGUCGGACCCUGCGGCACCGGAAACGGCCUUCCUAUCACUACCUAACGGAUGCUUAUGCUGUAGCAUCAAGGAGCCGGGAAUAGCCGCUAUUGAGAACAUGAUCGUCGAGCAGGAACGAUUGGGUCAGGGUGAGGAGCGAGGCAAGGGCGAGGGGAAGGGGAAGGGAAGAGGGGUGGAUAGGGUUGUUGUAGAGCUGACGGGGGUGGCAGAUCCAGCCGAAAUCGCUCGUUCGUUCUGGACGAACGAAGAGAUGGGCGGGUCGUUACGCUUAGAUGGGGUCGUCUGCGUUGUGGACAGUCGGAACGUGUUGAAACAAUUGGAAGAAGGGGAAGAAUGUCAAAAACAGAUCGCCGCGUCAGAUGUGAUCCUCUUGAACAAGGUUGAUCUGGUAACAGACGAGAUCCUGGAUAACGUCGAACGUCGCAUACGUUCGAUUAACCCCACCGCGAUCUUCAAGCGGACACACAAGUCGGUCAUUGAUAUCAAGAACAUUUUCGAGAUCGGGAGUUAUUCGGUCGCGCCUACCCUGGAUGCGGGUCAGCUGGCCGACAAGCUUUUCGAAGACGGGUCGGAUGUGGAUGCAGGACGUGAGGUUGGAGUUGGUGCGAGGGAGAGAAUAGGCAAACUGCAGAAUGAGCACGAACAUGGCGACCACGAUCACGAUCAACCGACAGGAUCUAAACACCUACUCGGGAUUACCUCGCUUGUCAUCCAACUUCCCGACCUUCUCCCCCAAUCGGCACUGGACAAGCUCGAAUGUUUCCUCCAGUCCAUCCAUUGGGAUUCGAAAUUCCCUGGAGAUCCACCUCGAGCGAGACCGACCGAGAUCGUGGACAAGGCGGACGAGGUCGAGUCUACCGAGGGCUUCGAGAUUUUACGGUCAAAGGGGAUCUUCUCGUUCGGUCCCGCCUCGCAGGGAGACGAUGUCGGAGCAAGUGGAACGGUCUCCGAGGUGCACGUCUUGCAAGGCGUUCGGGAUAUCUUCGAGCUCACCCGGUUGAAGAGCGACACCGCUCGCACGAGCACAAGAAUUGAGGAUGAGACGGACACACGGCCGAAGGGCGGGAAGUUGGUCUUGAUCGGUAAGAGGUUGGGCGAGCGGGAUGUCUGGGAGAGACAGCUGUUCGAUGCGCUGGGCGUGUGAGGGACGAGGUUAGGUGAAACAUGAACAUACAUAAUGUACGGUCACAGAAUGGCUUGUCUGCGUCCUGGUAUUCGUAGGUGUACGGAAAUCAGAACACUCCUCGUCUUCGCGUCUUCCCGCACACAGUGUACUACAUGAAAGGCAGCACGUUGCGCGCGCUUGCGCGAGCCUACUAGAGAGAAGAGCUCUUCGCAACUAUGUAGCUCUCUCCUAGAUUAUCAACAUCUCUAUCUCUUUCUUUCGUC